AGAAAACCUAGAAACAUCUCAAGUCCAACAAUGGUUCAACCCGAAUCACUAUUGGAUCUUGUUAUUGAUUCUCCAUGCAACAAACACCAAGAACAACCCAUAGAGAAAUCAAUUCCUAAUAAACAAGAAAAAGACUCAAAGCCUUCAAUUCUAGUUAAUAUUGAUGCAAGCUACUUCAGGAUUUGUAUAUCCCUUAGUGGUCAAGCCUUGUUAUGGAAAACACUUAGUGCAAAAACAGACAUCCCACCAACAUUUGAUAACUUGUUUAUCAAGUUACCAUCAACUGCUUUUCUCCUCAUAUGGUGUCUAUCUGUUGCCAUAUUAGUGUGUCUCUCUAUCCUCUACACUAUGAGGUGUAUUUUCUACUUUAACAUGGUGAAAGCCGAAUUCAAACACCAUGUAGGAGUAAAUUACCUUUUUGCACCUUGGAUAUCAUGGCUCCUAUUGCUUCAAUCAGCUCCUUCAUUCAUUUUUCAUAAUAAAUACUCUUAUGAGUAUGUAUGGUGGCUACUUAUAAUUCCUGUCGUAGGCCUUGAUGUCAAGGUGUACGGGCAAUGGUUCACAACCGAAAAACGGUUUUUAUCGAUGGUGGCUAACCCUACAAGCCAACUGUCUGUGAUAGGGAAUUUUGUAGGAGCCCAUGCAGCUAUUAAAAUGGGGUGGAGAGAAACUGGUGCUUGUUUGUUUACAUUGGGACUUGCUCAUUAUAUGGUGGUUUCUAUCACCCUUUAUCAGCGGUUAUCGGGUAGUAAUCACCUCCCAUCCCGGCUCAGACCGGUUUUCUUCCAGUUUGUGGCCACCCCGAGCAUGGCAGCCUUAGCUUGGAAGUCCAUUAAUGGAAGCUUUGAUAUCCAAUGCAAGAUGCUCUUUUUUCUAUCGUUAUUUUUGUUUACAUCGUUGGCUAGCCGGCCGAUGCUAUUUAAAAAAUCGGUGAAAGAGUUUAGUGUGGCAUGGUGGGCUUUCUCCUUCCCGCUUACCUUUCUUGCUCUGGCUUCGACAGCAUACGCUCAACAGGUGAAGUCUGUCACAGCAAUCGCAUUGGCAGCGGUUUUAUCAGCAAUUUCUGUGCUUGUUUUCCUCUUCCUGUUAGUCUUCUCCACAAUAAAGAUUGACGUGCUUCUAAACAAUCCGAUCCUCAAAUUCUCUAGUGAUUCAGUAUAAAAAAAUUGUACAUUAAUUAAAAUUACGUUCUCUCCUUUAAUGGCUAGAUUUGUUAUAUAUGCAUACAAUAAGGAGUUAAAGGAGUGAAGAGGCGUUGAAAUAUAUAUAGUUCCUGUUUUCAACAAAGUUAUUAAGCAAAAUCAAUUAAUUAUA